AUGAAUCCGUUUUCCCUGGAUCCGCUCUGCAUAAAUCCGUUUUCCCGGGAUCCGCUUUGCAUGAAUCCGUUUUCCCUGGAUCCGCUUUGCAUGAAUCCGUUCCCCUUGGAUCCGCUCUGCAUGAAUCCGUUCCCCUUGGAUCCGCUCUGCAUGAAUCCGUUUUCCCUGGAUCCGCUCUGCAUGAAUCCGUUUUCCCUGGAUCCGCUCUGCAUGAAUCCGUUCCCCUUGGAUCCGCUCUGCAUGAAUCCGUUUUCCCUGGAUCCGCUCUGCAUGAAUCCGUUUUCCCUGGAUCCGCUCUGCAUGAAUCCGUUCCCCUUGGAUCCGCUCUGCAUGAAUCCGUUUUCCCUGGAUCCGCUCUGCAUGAAUCCGUUUUCCCGGGAUCCGCUUUGCAUGAAUCCGUUUUCCCUGGAUCCGCUUUGCAUGAAUCCGUUCCCCCUGGAUCCGCUCUGCAUGAAUCCGUUUUCUCUUGGACCCGCUCUGCCCGGAUCCGUUUCCCCUGGAUCCGCUUAUCUCCUCAUCCCUUUGCUGUUGCCGCUUAUCUCCUCCUCCCCUUGCUACUGCCGCCUAUCUCCUCGCUCCCUUGCUGCUGCCGCUUAUCCCCUCCUUCCCCUGCCACUGGCCACCUCCCUCCCCUGCUCCUGCCGCGCCUCACUGUGCAGGCGCACGCCUGGCAUUGGGGUCGACCCAUCAGCCAUGGCUCGGAUGACUGCAGUGGCCAUGCAGUUGCCAGGCCUGCUCAUGGUUUUCCUUCUCGGCGCUGCCAUCUCUGCCAUUGCAAUCAUCAGUUUUACGGCACUUGACAGGGAUGCUCGUGCACCAGUUGCUGAGGACAAUGCCACUUGCCUACCUCCCGUUCAAGCCCAUGCAAUUGCUGCCUCUGCUCAGCAAGCCCAUGCAAUCAACUUGCCUUUUCACACUCUGCUUCCGAUGUUGGUGCUGUAUUCUGUCAUCUCCACUGCCAUCGCAACGCUCAUGGCACUGCUGUGGGGGAUGGGCGUGACCCACACGCAAGUCAGAGCAUGGGUGCAUCAGCAGGGCUUGGCUGUGACGGCUGGGCUGAUGAAGCUGAAGACUGCAAGCAAGUGCCUCCUGCCCCAUCAUGCCUAUUCUGGGAUGCAGAGAGUGGGUGAGGCUGUAAGAACUAUUGGGGCGAGUAUAGCCGGAACACACGAGUUGAAAGAUGAGGGGGAGCUGAAUGCGGUGAAGGGGGAGGUGGCUGAACAGAAGGAUGAAGUGAUGAAGUUGCGCAUCGAUCUGAAAAUCAGCCAGAGUGAAGGCGAUGCAGCAGACGCAUGGGAGGUCCUCAAAUCAAUAUCGCCCAAUUUGGAUCUGUCCGAAUUCUAUGACCUCUCGGACGACAUCCUCGCCCAUUUGUCAACCAUGACCCAUCUGAAAAGCAUUUUCUUGUACGCUAGCUCUGGCUUCACCGCAGAGGGCAUCAAGCUCCUCUACAGGCUGACAGGGCUGGAGUCACUAGAUCUCACCAGCACAAACGUCUCAGACAGUUUUUUGGAAGGCAUUGAGUCCUUGGUUAGCCUCACGUCCCUCUCUUUCCAGCACACCAAUGUGUCCGAUGCGGGUCUGUCGCACUUAACAGCUCUGACCUCUCUCAAUGUGCUAGAGCUUUCAGGAUGCGAUGGUGUGACGGAUGCUGGCAUGGUGCAUGUGGGGAGGCUAACAGGUCUUGAGAAACUUGACGUGGAUAGUACAGCAGUAACAAAUGAUGGGCUGCAGCAGCUGAACACCCUCACGAAGCUGACAUAUCUCAAGACACCAGAAGGGGGUGAACUUGAGAACGGUGAUGUUUGCAGGCGGAUAGGCAGGGAAGAAUGA